AAUAAACUCCAUGCAGAAUCACUGUAUAUUGAAUCUAUAUUCCUUUUUUUCUUCACAUAUUCUUCAAAUAUAAAGGUUUGUGUUUUGUGUGUUUCAGUGUGUGAGUCAGUUAGUUCUCGGAAACGACACACUCCCUCCGGUUACCAAAGUCGACUUGGACAUUGUCCAGUGAACAAACACCCGCUGUGUACCGACGAGGACGAGGAUGUGAAAUGCCCAUCAGGCUGUCGGCUGCAGGGUUUUAUUGACGAGGCUGACGGAGACGUUUAUGAGCGUCUCGGCAAAAUCUGUGAGAAGACAAAACUAUAUAAAACCACGUCUUUAUCUACAGCGAUUAAAACGGCUCAGUUCUACGAAGCACAAAGGAAGAUUAUCGUCAAAACAUACAUGGAGGAAAUGCGCUACGCUGAGGUCGCUGAGAUGCUCCACAGGAACUUGACACUGUUAUGGAAAAAGUCCACAGAGCUCUCCAGAGAACUACAGAAGUACCAAAGACAGACUGAGGAUCAGAUCAAUAAAAUCCACCAGUUCGAGGUGGACAUUGACAUCAAAGUCCGUGCGUGCAAAGGAUCAUGCAAGCAAACCUUUGACCAUGUGCCUGAUCACGAGACCUUCAGAUCAAUGCGGGACAAAAUUGCCACAUUCGACUUGACCUCCCCAAAACAACAAAAAACAUUUACCUUGGACAAAAAACUCGAACUGCAACCUGUGGUUCAACCUCAUGAUUCUCUCGCGUACGGAAAAUUACCUUUCGCCCACUCAGAACUCCUCACAAAGAUGGAGGACAUCGAGCAGAAUCAGGUGGUGAUGGAUGAGCUUCAACAGCAUACGUGGAAUUCGGAUGGAGAAUGGGAAACAUAAAAGAAAUACGUGUGGGACUUUUAUCAUGGCUUGAAUACUGCUGUUUCAUUUCGAAGAAAAACUAAAAAGUUACAUUAAAGUUGUAGAACUUUCACGAAACACACAGAUCUUUUCUCUAUAUGUUUUUAAUACGCUGUGUAUAAAAAUGUGAAUUGUUAUACAGUACAAAUAUGAAAUAAAAUGAGACUUGCUUUAA